UCGGCACUUAACAACACUAACACCUGCAAGCAACUUGUCGUUUUCAAAGCGAAAAACAUUAAAUAAAACGCAUUUGAAUGGCCAAAACAAACAGCACCCACUCGGGGUCGGCAUGAAGCGGUUGAGUAAAUGAUAAAAUCACCAAUUUAUGGAUGGUAAAUGCCCGAAAAGCCGAAAAGAGAGGCUCGCCAAGUCGCCCGUCUGUGUGUAUGCGAGUGCGGGUGAGUGUGCAGUGCGCGUUAGUGUUGGUGGGCAGAAGCAGAACAAUAACAAGCCCAAAAAUGCCAAUGGACAUGGAAUGUAAUGGAGCAGGACAAUAGCGUUCCAUUGGAGGCGAUGACUCACAGCAGCCACAACCGUGCCUUAACUAACGAACGAAAGCAAUAAACUUAACCCAAAGAUGCCGCUGCUGAGCAAAUGCUUCCCCUGCUUCAAGUUCAAGCGCGAGGAGGUGAUCGACAAGCUGGACUACAGUAAUACCCCGCUGACCGACUUCCCAGAAGUUUGGCAGCACGAGCGAACCCUGGAGGAGCUCUAUCUGAGCACCACCAGACUGCAAGCUCUGCCCCCGCAAUUGUUUUAUUGCCAGGGAUUAAGGGUGCUACACGUGAACAGCAACAAUCUGGAGAGCAUUCCGCAGGCCAUCGGCAGUCUGCGACAGCUGCAGCAUCUGGAUCUCAACCGGAAUCUAAUUGUCAAUGUGCCCGAGGAGAUCAAGUCCUGCAAGCACUUAACCCACCUGGAUCUGAGCUGCAACAGCCUGCAACGUCUUCCCGAUGCCAUUACCUCGCUCAUCUCGCUGCAGGAGCUGCUGCUGAACGAGACCUACCUGGAGUUUCUGCCGGCCAACUUUGGGCGGUUGGUCAAUCUGCGAAUUCUGGAGCUGCGACUCAACAAUCUCAUCACGCUGCCCAAGUCCAUGGUGCGUUUGGUCAACUUACAAAGGCUGGACAUCGGUGGCAAUGAGUUUACAGAGCUGCCCGAGGUUGUUGGCGAGCUAAAGUCCUUGCGCGAACUCUGGAUCGACUUCAAUCAAAUACGCCGCGUUUCGGCCAACAUUGGCAAGCUGCGCGAGCUGCAGCACUUUGAGGCCAAUGGGAAUCUAUUGGACACUCUGCCCAGCGAGCUGAGCAACUGGCGGAACGUGGAGGUGCUGUCCAUAUGCUCGAACAGCCUGGAGGCCUUUCCCUUCAGCGUGGGCAUGCUAAAGUCGCUGGUGACAUUCAAGUGCGAAUCGAACGGCUUGACGGAGCUGCCCGACAGCAUAAGCUAUUUGGAGCAGCUAGAGGAACUGGUGCUGAGCCACAACAAGCUAAUUCGCCUGCCCAGCACGAUAGGGAUGCUGCGCAGCCUGCGCUUUCUGUUCGCCGAUGAUAAUCAACUGCGCCAGCUGCCGGAUGAGCUGUGUAGCUGCCAGCAGUUGAGCGUGCUGAGCGUGGCCAACAAUCAGUUGUCCGCCCUGCCACAGAAUAUAGGGAACCUGGGCAAGAUGAAGGUACUCAAUGUGGUUAAUAACUACAUAAAUGCCUUGCCCGUGUCGAUGUUAAAUCUGGUGAAUCUCACAUCGAUGUGGCUGAGCGACAAUCAGUCGCAGCCUUUGGUGCCGCUGCAGUAUCUUGAUGCGAGUACAAAGACGCAGUUGACGUGCUUUAUGCUGCCCCAAGUCACGUUCAAGAUGAACAGUAUUCAGGCCCAACAGCAGGCCCAGGAGCAGUACGAGUUCGUCUACGCCAACCAGCAGCAGCCCCAUGUGAGUCCUUCCAGGAGGAUCUGCUUUGCCGAGGAGGCCACGAUUCUGAGCAAUGCCAAAGCACAGCCAGCGCCCAGCUAUCCCAGCUUUGUGGCCGCUCCGCCAACUCCGACGCCCGAUCAAAUGGCCGGAUCCGUUCGCCUCAUGCGUUCGCCCACGCCGUAUCCCAAGGAGCUGCGCCAGAUGGCCAAGUACGUGAGGCAGGCUCAGGCGGCGACCACCUCGGCGAGUGCCAGCGAGGUGAGGGAGGCACGUGUGGUGGCCAACGGUCAGGUGCACUGUGAUAGCAGCAAUGCCAACCAGGAUGUUGUGGACCAGGCCACAGCGAGUGCAAUAUACGGCAUAACGCCCGAAACGACACACAUCUACGGAGUCUAUCAGCAGCCGCAGCAGAUGGCGCAUCCAAUGCCGACACAGGAGUACUACGGUCUUCCACUCGUCAACUACGAGUCGCACUACCAACAGCUCUACGUGGAGGCCAACACGCCGCUUCCCACCACGCAUUUAAACGGGGAUCAGGACUACGAGUUGCAGCCUCUGCAGCAGCAGGCGUUGCCCCAGCCUCGAUUGGAACCACCACCCUAUCACAUAGCUCGAGUUUACACGAAGAAAACACCGGAGGAUCUUAACCUCUACGAGUCCAUGCGGCAGCGGAAGCAGCAACAAUUGCAGGAGCAGACUAUCUACCAAGAUGCUUUGAAUAGCAAUAGCAACUUCAAGACCACAGCGAUUGGCGCGCAGGAAGACGAGGAGUCAGUCGAUCAGUUGGACUACCAAAACAAUAUCAGCAGCAAUCUAGAACCAAAUCCGGAGGAGGACGAACAGGAGCUGGACGACACGAUGUCGCAGCACUCGCUUAAUUCCACGGCCACUAACAAUACUUCCAAAGCGAGCCACAAGAAAUCCACCUGGAUCUUUGGUGUUCACAAGAAUCCAACAGUCAAACAGGUCACCCUCAAGUGGGAGCACAGCAUCGGCUUCGACAUAGCAGAGCUGCUUAAUCAAGUUGGCAUCUUUGUGAGCUCCGUAACGCCAAAUACGAAUGCUGCCCGCUUGCUGAACCUCAACGAUAAGCUGCUCGAAAUAGACGGCUACGACCUGACCAAUGCCAAGCUGAGCGAUGCCAAACGAGUGCUGCUUAACUGCGGCACGGUCAUGAACAUUAUGUUAUCGAGAAAAUGAUGGACCAUUUGUUUACCGACCUAAGCCGAUUCCCAUCCCCGAGACCGAAGACUUUUUGUGCAUUUUUCUAACGCAUUUUUCAAAUAAGCAGCAUCGCCGAUAUCGGAUCAAAACCACUUGGACCUAUCAUAAUGUUAGUUCAUAGUUCCCUUCCAUACUGGCGGUCGAACGAUCAGUCAUAGAGCACAAUCGCCAGCUAGAGGAUCCCAUGCUUUUCGUAUAUUAGAUAGUUAGAUAAAUCCAAACUGCCAUUUUCUCUACACCUAAAUGAAGUAUUCCCCGUACUCAUUAGAAGAAUAAUACCACAAUACGGCCAAAAUUUGUAGUUAUAGCCCUUGAAAAGUAUUCUCAAAAUUUGAAUUGAACGAAACAGAAGUGCAUUUAUGAUUUGACUUUAAAAAAGUUGUUUUAUAAUCCAAGCGAAACGACCAUUAAGUUAUAUUUAUCAAAGUUUAAUUUAAUUAAUCAGUAUUUAAUCGGUAUCUUUUGUAAAUAGUUAAGUUAAACAUUAGGCAAGGCAAUAAUAUGUUGUGUCAAUUAUGAGUUCUAGACAUACAUAAAUAACCUGUACUCCAUAAUCACGAUGCGUAGAUUUAUCUCAAGUUGUGCGACACUUAUUCAGACCGCCAGUGGAAUGUAACAGCAUAACAAAUAAAUAGUGCAAUUAGCGUCGAUUAUAGGUAUAUAUACGCACUCAUAUAUAUACUCGCGAUAAUCAGACAAAUUACCUUCAACUAGCGCCUAUUUUACGCCCAGCGUUGUUCAAAUUUGUUCCCAAAAUUAUAUGUAUAGAUCAAUUACUUGAUUACAAAGGAUAUUUGCUGUUUAUGUUAGUUGUUAUGGUGCAGCAAUAUAAAUUCUAUAUAUAUUUACAUAAUACGAAUACUCUAUAUUUAUUGUCCAAUCGAUCGAAGUGUCAAACAUUAUUUUCAAUGGCGAACUGUUAUAACACAAACUGAAUUCUCACACUAUUGGCGUUGUGAUCAGUAUUAUUAUUUAUCUGGUUAAACACAUUCAAAAGUUAAGCACUUCUAUAUUCAUAGCGUUAAUACAUAGUCAUACAUAUGUGCAUUAUUGAAGAACACACGCCCACACACACAUACGAAUCUAGCUAACUUAAGCAAGCGCACACAUUUUGCCAAUUCAAUUUGAUUUAAGAGCGUUACCACAAAUCACUGAAAUACAACUUUCACUUUGUCAUUUCGCCAUA